UCCCGGCGGUGGCGGGGCAGGAGGAGGGGGCGAAGGAGGUGGUGGCUCUGAGGGGACAGAGGGCUUGGUUGGAGCCCCGAUCAUGGAGAUCGAGAACAUCGUGGCCAACACGGUGCUGCUGAAAGCCAGGGAAGGAGGGUGUGGCAAACGGAAUGGACGCAGUAAGAAAUGGAAGGAGAUGCUAAAGUUACCACCUCUCAGUUAUUGUGAAGACCUUAGACGUUCAAUCGAAAAAAACUAUAACCAGCUCUGUGACAAGCAGCCAAUAGGGAGACUUCUCUUCAGACAGUUCUGUGACACUAGGCCAGAUUUGAAGACAUGCAUUGAAUUCCUGGAUGCAGUGGCCAAGUAUGAAGUGUCUUCAGAUGAAAAGCGUAAAGAUUGUGGUCUGAAAGUUUUAGACACAUACUUCACUAACUGGUCUGCAGCCCACUUACCGGAAAUACCUCAGGAUACAGUGAAUGAAUGUAAAACAAGACUGGAGCAGAACCCUUGCAAAGAUCUUUUUAAUGACUGCACUAGGAUUGUCCAGGAUUAUUUAAGUGGAGCACCUUUUGAGGCUUACCAACAAAGCAUCUAUUUCUCCCGUUUUUUACAGUGGAAAUGGUUGGAAAGGCAACCAGUAACCAAGAACACAUUUAGAUAUUACCGAGUACUGGGCAAAGGAGGAUUUGGAGAGGUAUGCGCUUGCCAAGUGCGGGCAACAGGAAAAAUGUAUGCUUGUAAAAAGCUAGAAAAAAAGAGAAUCAAGAAGAGAAAAGGAGAAUCAAUGGCAUUAAAUGAAAAAAGAAUUUUAGAAAAAGUGAAUAGUAGAUUUGUAGUUAGUUUAUCCUACACCUAUGAGACUAAAGAUGCCCUAUGUUUAGUAUUAACCAUUAUGAAUGGAGGGGAUUUGAAGUUUCACAUUUACAACAUGGGAAAUCCUGGCUUUGAUGAAGAAAGGGCUGUUUUCUAUGCUGCAGAGCUCUGCUGCGGCUUGGAGGACUUACACAGAGAGAGAAUUGUUUACAGAGACUUGAAGCCUGAAAAUAUUCUCCUUGAUGACUGUGGACACAUCAGGAUUUCAGAUCUUGGAUUAGCUGUGCAGAUCCCAGAAGGAGAAACAGUCCGAGGGCGGGUUGGAACAGUUGGAUACAUGGCUCCAGAAAUCCUCAACAAUGAAAGGUAUACAUUCAGCCCUGACUGGUGGGGUCUUGGCUGCCUAAUUUAUGAAAUGAUUCAAGGACAAUCACCAUUCAGGAAGCGUAAGGAAAAGGUCAAACUGAAUGAGAUAGACCGAAGAGUGAAGGAAGACCAGGAAGUGUACUCGGACAGAUUCUCAGAGGAGGCAAAAUCCAUCUGCAGGAUGUUACUUGCCAAAGAUCCAAAGGAACGAUUGGGGUGCACUGGAGAUGGAGCUGCUGCUGUAAAACAGCAUCCCAUUUUCAAGAAUAUUAACUUCAAGAGACUGGAAGCAAACAUGUUAGAACCUCCGUUUUUACCAGAUCCACGUGCAGUGUAUUGUAAGGAUGUCUUGGAUAUAGAGCAAUUCUCCACAGUAAAAGGAGUGAACCUGGAUACUACAGAUGAUGACUUCUAUUCCAAAUUUGUUACAGGUUGCGUCUCAAUCCCUUGGCAAAAUGAGAUGAUUGAAACAGAAUGCUUUCAAGAGGUCAAUAUAUAUGAACCUGAUGUCACUUUGUCACAAGACCUAGAUAUGAGCAAAGAUACUCCUAGACCAAAGAGAGGCUUCUUUCACAGACUCUUCAUGGGAGGGGUAAAAGUCUGUUUUAAAUCUGGUUACAUUGAUGAUGAAGAGGAGUUCUCUAGACUCUAAAUCAGAGAAUUGUAGCCAAAAAAUAAAAGGAUGAGUGAACUCUGAAUGUUUUUAUCUAUGUAAAGUGUAUUAUAAAUGUAAAAAAUUAUGUAUGGGCUUACAGAUAUUGUAUAUUUGUACUUUAGUUUUAAGUGUCAAGAUGUAUAUUUUCACUAAAUCUUUAUUGUACAAAAGCCAAGAGUGCCACUUAAGUGUAAGCAUGUAUGUGUGAUAUAUUAUGUAUUUUAAUUGGAAUGAAGCUGGAAAUGCUUAAGGGUUUUAAAGUACAGAAACUUACGUUAUCUAUGAUAUGGAUGUUACUUGGCUUUGGGGAUUAUGUUGUUGUUGUUCCUGGCAACUCUACUGAAAGGCACUGUUUCUUAUUCCUCAGAAUAUUAUUUAGGUUUGUUCUCAACAGCAGACUUGUUCUACUGAUUAGUAUUAAUAUUUCUGGUGUAAAUAGCACUUCAUUUCUGUUUGCUGUCAGAUUGCACUCUAAUAUAGUUCCCAAGUCAUUUAAAAUGAAACUGCUAGGAAAAGAAGGAAUGAGUUCAGUGCACUGUGACCAGUUUCUGUAAAAUACUUUUUACAAGUUGGGAUUUAAAGACUAUUUGUUUGUCUCAAGUUGUUCCUGUUUUGUAUAUUGUGUGUAAUAUGUAAUGCCUUAUUUUUUAAACAAACUUAAUUUCUCCAAAUGUUGAUAUCAGGAGACAGUAAUAGAUUUCUGACUAAGUAUAUAUAUAUUUCCCCCAUUUAUCAGAAAGAUAAAUGGUUUCUCUGUAUCUUUUUAGAAUAAUUGCCUUUCUAUUCAUAUCUUUGUCAGGAGUGAACACAACAGGAAUUCCAGAUUUUUUAGAAGUAGUCAUUUAUGCUUUUGGUCCAUAGCUUUCCCCCUCCCCACUCUAGCUAUAGCUUAUCUGAGUAAGGCCUUUGUCUACACUGGAAUCAGAACCAUGCCAGCUAUACAACUUGACUAUGUUUUGAAUGUUUCAUGGUUAUUGCUAACAGAAUUUCCCUAAGCACUGUGGACAGAACUUUUUUUCCCUGAGAUUGUUAGCCAACUCCUUGCUAUAGGGUUUCAUUUAUAGCAAGGGUUGGUAAGUUGGAAUCUCAAAAAAUGGUAUGAUCUGAUCUACCACACAAUACCUCCUUGCUUAUUACUAUUGUAGAUUCUUACAUUUUGGUUACAGCAUUGACUGUGAUCAUGACUACUGAGUAAAAAUAAAACUAAUAAUUAAGAAUUUUUCUGUAUGAACUCUUAAACUCAUCAAAAAAGAAUAAUUUCCUAAGAACCAAGUCCCACUGAUAUUCUUUCUUAAAGGUGGAACUGGUACUGCUGCCUGUAGAUAUGAUUGCUCAAGACUUCCCAUUUAUAAGACCCGGUUUUUUGUUGCUUAUAACUUUGCCAAAUUUUAUCCUGCUUGGCUGAAGCUAUCCAUCCCAGAUGUCUGCCUGACUCUUUCUACCUACCUACUAAAAUUGUUCAGAUGUUUCUAAGAUCACAUUAAGGUCCAAACAACACAUUUUGCCCAUGUUAAAAAUAUUCUUACAACUAUUUCAUUGAGAGGCUGUAAUGCUUCCACACGUUGGAUCAGGAACUUGAAAUUUGGGCAGGGGAGUUUACCCCGAGUCAGGGGUGUGCCUUUACCAUCCCCAGAAAAACCUGUCCAAAUUUGACCAAGUGAUAAAACCAAAUUGAAGUUUGUGCAUACUCAGAGACUUGCUUGCCAGCUAAAUUUUCUGAAGAUUCCAUCUGCACUGAGCAUGCUCCAUUCCCCUCACAGCUUCUGUGUGACAACUGCACUGCAUUUAUGCCAUUUGCACAGAGCAACUGAGCAUGCUUCAACCCAAGGCUCAGAACAGGACUUUUCCUGCAAAUGCUGCUCCUGGCUGUGUAGGGUAGUUGUAACCCAUAGGCACAUGAUCUGAGAUCAGGGAGACUCUCCUGUGCUUUCAAUAUUCCAAUUGCUGGCACCCAGGUAGUAUGGAGAAGGAGGAAAUGGCCGCAUUGGAAUGCACAGAAGUGGGAAAUGGGGCAAGAAAGAAUGUGAGGGGGUUGCAGGAACCAGAGGCUUGGGGAAGCAGAGGAGGAGUGGGACAGGAGCCAGGGGAUGGGAGGUUGGAUUGACUCAGAUGGAGAAUGAGCAUGAGCUGGGAUGGUGCACAUAAAAGCAGAGGUAGACAGAGGGACUGGGGUAUAGGAGUAGGGCAUAACCACUGGAGAAUUUGGGACAUUUACCAGAUAGAGAACAGUGGUAUUGCUUCUCUAAUUUGAUUAAUAUAAAACUUCUGGUGUUUAGUGUAGUGAUACAAAGGUAACAGUAACAACAGCGGACAUACGGAGUGACAUAUGGACUUAAUAUCAGCUUAGAGCAAUUUGGGCAAGAAUACCAUGGCCCCAGCCUGAGUGGUUUUAAAUGAUGAGACCACAGGUAUCAGCUUUAAACAGAUUAAAGAAAAUAGUAUAUUUUUAUUUGCCAUGCAUGUCAAGGAUAUUAUCUUUUUUAUAUAGACAAUACCUUAAUUAGGAAAUCAACUACUAUAACACCCUUAGUCUAUCUAAUCUAAACAGAAAGUUCUAUUUCCAUAACACAGGACAGCAGCUAAGGAAAUAAGAGUGCUAAAAAUGUUGGAGAACUGAAAGAUUUGCAGAAAGUACACCAGUAACUUCUUGUAACUAAUCCACAAUAAAUAGCAAGUGAUAACAACCCUUCUCAAUAAUCAGAGUUCUUAGUCAUUACUCACCUAAGUACAGGAAAACAAUGCAAGAUGCAUGCAAGGCUUCCAUUGACUUCAGUGGGACCUGUGCUCAUGCACCCCUGCAGAAUUUGGACCUUGUGGUGUAACUAAAAAAGUAUCUGUAUGAGCAAAGCUUCAAAAUUAGGGCAAUUGUAACCUAAACCAUGCUUCUGUUUUCUCAGUUCCACCAAUUAAGAAAAAAAAAAUUGCAGUUCCUCACUGAGACUGACAAUUCAUGACCCCAGUUGGCUGGGAGGAUGCGCUGUCCAGUGUUGGGCCUCCCUCAGAGAGAGGCUAUGUUUACAAGCAACCUUUCAAAAAAAUUGGCUGGUAGUAUGUUCUAGUUUUUAACAUCUCAAUCAGAUGAACGUUACUGCUACUUCCUACUGCACUCCCACCCAUUGAUGUGCUCAUUCUUAAUUCUUCAUAUGGACCACCACAUACCUGUGGAAAUUUUAGGACAUUGGUAAAGGGGCAUUCUUUACAAGCAACAGAAUGUUGUUUUUAUAAAUGGGAGUUUUAUCUAAAGUCUAAUGUAUUAACCAAGUAAGUGUCUAGCUGUCAAGAUUCCUGGGUUUUAUUCCUAGCUAUGUCAGCAUUUGACCUUUAGCAAAUCACUAAUGUGUAUGAACAUCUCUAAAAUGUGCAUGCUAUCUACUGUAAAGGAGUGUUGAGGUCUAACAUUGUAAUGCUUGUGAGAUCUGUGGAUGGAAGAUGCUAUAUCUCAUUUGAUCUGAAGUGAGAAGUAGCAUCUUUUUCCCUUACCCCAAAGCCUGCUGUGUCUUGUCAGAUAAAUUGUGAAAUUUUCAUAGCUUUCCAAAUAAACACCUCUUUCACUUACCGAAGCAGUAAAUUAAAUUUAUUUGAGCAUUCAUUAAAUUUGUUUAACUUGUGCGUUAUUGCACUCUUAUUGUUUGCAAAGUACAUUUUAAAAUAUAUAUUUAUAGGGCCAAAUUCACUAGUGCAUUCUGGCUACUUUAUGCCAUUCAAGCAAUACAAAGCAGCUGAAAAUAUGGUGUAACCGACUCUUAAAUUGGGUUUGCAGCUGCUUUGCAUCACCAGAGUGGUAUACAACAGCACAGUCGUACUAAUGAAUUUUGCCUACAGUGAAGGCUGCAUUUUUUUGCCAUGAGGGAGUCAUAGAUUUUUAACAUUAUAUCCAUGAUUUCUGAGACUUUGGGUUGUAGAUAGGUGGAUGUAAUAAUGAACAGUUGAAUCAAUUUUACUAAGAACUUUAAGUUUUAAAUUUGAUGAGUCAAUCUACAAAGAGAGGUAGAGACAGAUGGAAAUCCAGUACUGUAGAGGGAUCUGUACAGUGCUUCUGUCCCUGCUGCCUUUGCAGAGACAAGCAAAUUGUGCCAUAAAGGCAGCAUUAGAGUCUCUUGCCUGCCCAUCUUCCCAUGCUACUUCUGUGCACUGAGGGCCUGAUCUUGUGCCAUUUAAGUCAGUAGAAGUUUUACUGAUGACUUCAGUCGGAGCAGGGUUGGGGCUCUAGUGGGAAAGCAAGGGAAAAUGGU